GCAGUCGGUAGGAGCGUCGUCACGACUCCAAUGGUCACCUGGAUCUCUGAUUGGCUCAGGCGGCUCAUCCGGGUACUGCGCUACAACGAGCCCAUUAGCUAAAGGUACCAAUAUGGCGGAGGCUUCCCUAGGGAGUUCAAGUCCAGUUGGCUCUUUAUCAUCGGAGGACCAUGACUUUGACCCAACGGCAGAAAUGUUAGUUCAUGAGUUUGAUGAUGAAAGGACUCUUGAGGAGGAAGAGUCUAUAGAAGGUGGAACAAACUUCAACUCUGAACUUGCGGAUCUGGAAAAGGAAGGAAACAUGCCAUUGGAGGAACUUUUGGCUUUAUAUCGCUAUGAGGCCUCAGCGGGUUCCAGUAUAGACAGUUCCUCUGGAGACCUGACUGAUGAGCUGCCGGACAUGACUUUGGAUAAGGAAGAAAUAGCUAAAGAUCUGUUGUCUGGAGAUUAUGAGGAGGAGACCCAGUCUUCAGCUGAUGAUCUGACUCCCUCAGUUACUUCCCACGAGACCACUGAUUUCUUCCCAAGAACACUUCGAUCUAACGCUGUCUCUGAUGGUGAUAAAGAAUCAGAAUGUGAUGAAGAUGGCUUAGAUGACACUAGAAAAGAAAUCAUGGUUGGAUCAGAGUACCAAGCAGAAGUUCCUUCUUGCAUCUGUCACUACAAAGAUGGAGAAAAAGUGUAUGAAAAUGAAGAUGAGUUGAUGUGGAGUCCAGGUGUGCUGUCCGAAAACAAGGUGAAGGGAUUCCUGUCUGACGCGUGGUCACGGACGGCCAAUGACAGGACGGGAAAUGACAAAGCAGCAAUGAGUGUUCGAGACAAUGAGCAGGCUUUGCACGAGCUUGUCAAAUGCAACUACAAUAUCCGUGAAGCACUAGAGAGAUACUGCAGCCAUUUAAAAUCCUCAAAAGAAAAAUCCCCUCCAUGGUCGGAGGAAGAAUGUAGAAACUUUGAACACGGCCUGCAGAUGCACGACAAAAAUUUUCACCUCAUUCAGAAACACAAAGUCACAACACGAACAGUCGCAGAAUGCGUGGCGUUUUAUUAUAGGUGGAAAAAAUCUGAGCGCUUCGACUUCUUUGUCCAGCAGAAUCGGUUUGGAAAGAAAAAGUAUAACAGCUAUCCAGGUGUAACUGAUCUGAUGGACCGGCUGGUGGAUGAAGCUGAGGGUCUGGCAAUGGACAGCUCCUCCUCCGUAUGUUCAGGAGCAGGUGGAGGAGGGAGGAUGGAGACGACGACGGAACAGCAGCUCAGCCUGCUCAACUCCAUCACAGCCAGCGACCUUACAGCUCUGAGCAACACUGUAGCUACAGUUUGCUCGCCCGCUGAAGUCAGUUGCCUGGACUCGUACAGCUUUCCCCCGCUGGACGGCCUUCAUCGCACUUCUCUGAACCACGACGAAUCCCUGGGCUUUCCCACGAACGGCGGCGACCCCGACUGCCUCAACAUGCUGGACGCCGGCUUCUACCACUCAGACCUGGGUCAGCUGGGAGGCGUGUGCGUCGCCAAGGACUGCGAACGGCCGUCCAAGAGACUCAAGAUGGCGCUGCCGGACUCUUUUAUCAGCGACGUGUCGGUGGGUAACCUGGGCGUGGACUUCGAAGCGCGGCGGACGACACAUCACCACAGAAUCACCGGCGCUAAAAUGGCGGUGUCGGUGACGGACUUUGCCAGCUUAGCUGGGAGCGGUGAGGCCAACGGUUUUCUAGGAGCUCACGCACGGCACCACACACAGCACACUGCAGCACUUCAGUCCGAGUGAUCUUCCUCUCUGUUCUUCCCUUUUGAAACCAUUUUCUUGUUUGUACAUAAGACUGACCUCACUGGAAACUCUGAUUUGUUUAAAAUCUAUAUAAAUAUAUAUCUAUAUGUAUAUGAAUAUACUUUUUUUUAUUUUUUGUAAUAUGACAUCAGUGAUGUCUACCAUAUAGAACUAAAAUCUUGAUUUCUCUCAAGAGUUAUAUAGCCAUUUAUUUUAUGUUUCUUUGCAUUCUUGAGGUGUGUAACGUCCACAUGCAGUGGGGCCCAGAAGCUGCAGGAGAGAUGGGAAAUCUUCCCUUUGCGUUUACCCACAGCAUCUCCCGUCUGUUAUCCUGCCAUUCCUUCAGCUGCCAAAAUCAUGUUUGCUUUUCUCUUUUUUUGUCCUGAAGUGGUACUUUUAAUUUAAGAUGUUUAAAGCGGUGUUUUGUUUAACAGGUACUUUUCAGUAACCAGAUGGGUGGAUCUGCUCUACACCUAUUGUGUUGGCAACACUAGCACAGAGACUAGCUUGAAAAGAUGUAGCUUUACCUGUGAGGCUCUUUUGUUUUGCCUACUGAUUUUUUUUGUCUCUUACAUAGAUUUUAAGCUUAAUUUGGCAAAACUGGAAUUUUUUUUUUCUUCAUCUCCCAUGUCGCAAAACAAGUUCCAUUUCUUUAAUAUCCCAAGCGGUUGGUGCAGGCUGAAGUUACGAGUCACCUCGUUUUCCUGUCUGGCUCUAAAAUCUUUUACGGAGGAUAUAACAGCAAUACAGCAAUGCAACGAUUUUGGGUUGAUAGCCAUUGAAACACUGACACAGUAAAGUUUGUAUUCCUUUACCUUCAUGAGAUUUCCUUGAGUUGACGCGAUCGAUUAUGCUGCUUGUAGGCAGGUUCGGCUGUGUAGUGUUUUUGUAAAAGUGCUAGUUCCUAAAUUAAGUAGCGCCAUUUGUUUAAUUUUUAUUUUUAUUGGCAAGCUCGGGUAAACCUGCAGUAUUAUGUCAUUUUGUACUGAACCUCUGCCUACCCUGUCCUGACUAGAGAUGCCUUCUUAAAAUCUGGUUGACAACUUUGUGGGAGGAAAGUAGCAGAAACGGAGCCGAUUUGCUUGACUGAAGUCCAUAAAUGUUUAGCGGGUCAGCAUCGGUUCAUCUGAUGCUGUAAAGUAGUGUUUACUUAAUUUAUCUAUGCAUUGUGCUAUGACUAUUUCGUUUGGGGGCACAUCACGUUUGUCCAUAAAUGUUUCUCACCAACCAUUAGGUCGUUUUGAAAGUUUGGUUGAGUAAUUCGGUUUCCAAGCCCAGCAUCAGAAAGGAAAUCUCCACCUUUGUAUUUCAUGUAAAUAUAUAGCAAAUAGCCUUUAAAUAGUCUAUUAACUGACCUCUUACACUUGUGAAUCUGUGUUGAUACAUGAGUCUUUAUUUGAUACCUUGUCAGAAAGGCAAUAAUUUGUAUAUAUGUACAGACUUUUGGGGUUUUGCAUUUUACUUCUUUGACUUGGUGUUUAAACUUAUUUUUCUCUUUUUUUGGAAAAAAACAAAAACAAAAAAAACAAACCCAAACACCAGGACACAGCUGAAAAGACGCAUGCCAGCUGUGCCUGUCCCUGAAGUGUACCACUGAAAACGGCUUUACCUAAAGACGUAUUGAUAUUACUCAAUGUUGAGAUUUUUUUUUUUUUUUUGGCAUUCGAGACUUCUUGCAGCCAUGUGUAAAAGACAUUUUUCGUUUUUUGGGGGGAGAAAAAAACAAACCUUCACAUGUCGUGGUCUCUGUUUUGAUGGUAAAGGGGAUGGCUGCUGCUCUGUCUGUGGAGAGCUCGUUUCUCUUAAUGCAACAUGCAUAAUGCAGUAGGUCCUUCAAGGUCUUCUAGCUUUAGCGGUGCAGUGAUAUUUAUUUCACCUGUGGUUUGUACAAAGAUGAAGAAAACUGUCAGAAUGUAAAGGCCAUUAAGUAGUACGUUUUCACCACCCUGUGAACUCCAAAAUGUGAUAUUCUAUGAGACUUGUGUGCAGGAGAGCACUAAACAAAUUUAUUUUAUAUUUUGUAUUUGUGUUUUGAAGUUUCAAAAGAAAAAAUACAGAAGUUGUGGUUUUAAAAAGGAAAGAAAAAGACAAAAAAAUUAAGUCCUUUGGAAGAAGAAAUACCUUUGUGAAUAAAAACCUACAAAUUUUAAAAAUGUAUAUCCAGAAAUAUAGACAAUCAAAACUUCACUAUGAGAAAUGUUCGAGAAGCUAUCUUUAUUGUUUAUAGAAAUUGUACAUAAACAUUGCUGUUUUUUUUUUCCUUUUGUUAAGCAUUAUUUUGUAUUUUAUGUUGUACUUUAAUACCUUGUGUACAGAUCCAGAAAUAAAGCUCUGGAAAAGGUU